AUGAAGAAGACAUGGGAGGAAGCUCUGGAGUACUGCAGGGCUCACCACAUUAACCUGGCCAGCAUGGCCUCUCAUGGCAUAGAACUGCAGCUGACAAAAAAUGAGAAGGCAGAAUCCCAAACAGACAGUGUGUGGACAGGGCUGCGUUUCCUGGCUGGAGAAUGGCUUUGGGUGAACAGAAAGCCUCUGGGGAAUCAAGUCGCACUUCCAGAGUGCCCUACUGAGCCAUUUCGUUGUGGAGCCCGCAACAGUAAAACUGACACAUGGGAGAACAGAAACUGUGACGAGAAGCUCAAUUUCCUCUGCAACUAA